GGUAAUCAUGAGCAUUUUUCCUUACGAAAAAUCAGCUGUUAAUUCGUAUUGUAGUCGGCUGAAAUUCAAUACACAAAAAAAAGGAAAUAAAUAUUGUCCUGAUCCAUUCUCCUUAAACGUACUAAAAAAUAAAUUAAAUUUCUCUACAAAGGAUAUACAAACUCACCCGGGAGUCCAAAAAAAUAUCAAAAUGGAUGAAUUGCAAAAACUUGAACACCUCUCUCUCGUCUCCAAACUGUGCACCGAAUUGGACAAUCAUUUAGGCAUCAACGAUAAAGAUUUGGCUGAAUUCAUAAUACAUUUAGAGUCUCAGAAUCCUACGUUAGAAGACUUUCGUAAAGCUUUAAACCAGCACGGAGCUGAAUUUCCCAAUUCGCUUGUUGCCAAUCUUCAAAGAAUUAUUAAAUUAAUGAGGCCGUCAUCCGCGGAUAAUAAUGGAGAGCAAAACACAUAUGACAAAGAAAGCAUAUCAAAUGAUCAGAAUUCGCGGACAGCACAAUUGGCUAAAAUGUUUCCGGGGUUAGCUAUGCCAAAUGAUAAAUUCAGUGAUGAACAUAUAUCUUCUGACAAAGUUUAUGGUAAAGAAGAAAGUAGAGCGAAGCAAAAGAAUCUAGAAAAUGAUGAUUUAAAGAUUGUUGAUGCUGCCAUGAAUGAAUUGGCAGCUUUAGCUUCAGAAAGUGAUAGGAUGAACAAACAAAAUGAAUCUGUAAAGAAAAAAGAAGGAAAAUCAUGCUCAGAAUCAAAAUAUAAGGAUCGAAAACGAAGGAAGAGCUACGAGGAAGAGAAGAAAACGCGGAAGGAGCGUUCACGCUCAAGGUCUAAAUAUCGUAAAGAUGUCUCGAAACAUAGCUACUCCCCCGGACGUGAUCGAUCUAGAGUACGUGGUCACCGUCAUCAUGACCAUAAGAGAUAUUCUCGAUCACGCUCAAAUGACCGUUCGAAUCGCAGACGAAAAUCUCGAUCGUACUCAAACGAUCGUUCAAAUCGAAAACGAAACUCUCGGCCUCGUUCGCAUGAGCGUUCAAACCACAGACGAAAUUCCCAUUCUCAAUCUCCUGAGAGCAAACGCGGUAAAACGAUAUCUAGUGUGCCGAUAACUGACGAUCCUGAACCAGGUAAAAUUUACAGUGGAAAAGUGGCCAACAUUGUUCCUUUUGGAUGCUUCGUGCAAUUGUAUGGUUUACGAAAACGUUGGGAAGGAUUAGUUCACAUUUCCCAGUUGCGCUCUGAAGGACGUGUUACUGACGUCACUGAAAUAGUCAGUCGUAAUAGUAUCGUAAAAGUAAAAGUUUUGUCGAUUACUGGCCUAAAAGUGUCUCUCUCAAUGAAAGAAGUCGAUCAAGAUACAGGAGAAGAUUUAAACCCGCUUUCUCAUGCUCCUCCUCCCGAAAACGAAUUGCUUGAUCGCAAUCCCGAUCGCCCAUUCGGCGGGGGGACAUCCCUCUUAAACCUCCAAAGAGCAGGUGACAACGAUGAGGGUGACUCACGCAAACGAGUAACCCGAAUUUCUAGUCCGGAAAGAUGGGAAAUCAAGCAAAUGAUAAGCUCGGGUGUUUUAGAUCGAAGCGAUUUACCAGACUUUGAUGAAGAAUCCGGUUUGCUCCCUAAAGAUGAGGACGAUGAGGAAGAUAUAGAAAUUGAGAUUGUUGAAGAGGAGCCACCAUUUUUAGCUGGGCAUGGACGAGCGCUACAUGAUUUAUCGCCGGUUCGUAUAGUUAAAAAUCCCGACGGUUCAUUAGCUCAGGCAGCUAUGAUGCAGUCUGCUCUUUCCAAAGAGAGAAGAGAGCAAAAAAUGCUUCAGCGUGAGCAGGACAUGGAGGCUGCGCCGACAGGUCUAAAUAAAAACUGGAUUGAUCCAUUACCUGACGAGGACACCAGCCGCACUUUGGCUGCUAACAUAAGAGGAUUAGGCGGUGGCCCUGCUGAGGUGCCUGAAUGGAAAAAGCACGUUAUUGGAGGAAAGAAGUCAUCAUUUGGUAAAAAAACUGAUAUGUCCUUAGUUGAGCAGAGACAAUCAUUGCCGAUUUAUAAACUCAGAGACGAUCUAAUUAAAGCGGUUACGAACAACCAAAUUCUUAUAGUCAUCGGUGAAACUGGGUCGGGAAAAACUACUCAAAUAACUCAAUAUUUAGCAGAGUGUGGUUUUACAGCUCGUGGCAAGAUUGGUUGCACGCAGCCACGCCGCGUUGCAGCUAUGUCAGUCGCUAAACGCGUUGCCGAAGAGUACGGUUGCCGCUUAGGUCAAGAAGUUGGCUAUACCAUACGUUUCGAGGAUUGCACUAGUCCUGAAACGGUUAUCAAGUAUAUGACGGAUGGUAUGCUGUUGCGCGAAUGUUUAAUAGAAUCAGAUCUGAAGUCCUAUUCAGUAAUAAUGUUGGACGAAGCCCACGAGCGUACUAUACAUACAGAUGUGCUCUUUGGUUUACUUAAAAGCGCUGUACAGAAACGUCCAGAAUUAAAACUUAUCGUUACCUCAGCUACCUUGGACGCUGUGAAAUUUUCUCAAUAUUUUUUUGAAGCUCCCAUUUUCACUAUACCUGGUCGAACAUUCCCCGUUGAGGUUCUUUAUACCAAGGAGCCGGAAACCGAUUAUUUGGAUGCCUCUUUAAUAACAGUAAUGCAGAUACAUCUGCGUGAACCGCCUGGUGAUAUUUUGCUUUUUCUCACUGGUCAAGAGGAAAUCGACACGGCUUGUGAAAUUCUGUACGAGCGCAUGAAAAGCUUAGGUCCAGAUGUACCAGAGUUAAUAAUAUUACCAGUAUAUUCUGCUUUGCCUUCUGAAAUGCAGACAAGGAUUUUCGAUCCAGCUCCCCCGGGCAGUCGUAAAGUAGUAAUCGCUACUAACAUUGCAGAGACGUCUCUAACCAUUGACGGAAUAUUUUACGUUGUCGAUCCCGGUUUUGUUAAACAGAAAGUGUACAAUUCAAAAACUGGAAUGGAUUCCCUAGUUGUUACUCCCAUAUCGCAAGCUGCUGCUAAACAACGUGCUGGUCGCGCUGGUCGUACUGGACCUGGUAAAUGCUAUCGCCUGUACACGGAGCGGGCUUAUCGUGAUGAGAUGCUCCCUACACCAGUGCCCGAAAUUCAACGCACCAACUUGGCCACUACCGUGUUACAAUUGAAGACUAUGGGUAUUAAUGAUUUACUGCACUUUGAUUUUAUGGAUGCUCCGCCUGUUGAAUCUUUGGUAAUGGCGUUAGAACAACUCCAUUCUCUAUCGGCUUUAGAUGAUGAAGGUCUUUUAACUCGUUUGGGACGAAGAAUGGCUGAAUUCCCUUUGGAGCCUAAUUUAUCUAAAAUGCUUAUAAUGUCUGUGGCAUUGCAAUGUUCCGACGAAAUUUUAACCAUUGUAUCUAUGCUUAGUGUUCAAAAUGUAUUUUAUCGACCGAAAGAUAAACAGGCGUUAGCAGAUCAAAAAAAGGCGAAAUUCAAUCAGAUUGAAGGCGAUCACUUGACCUUAUUGGCAGUUUAUAACAGUUGGAAAAAUAAUAAGUUUUCCAAUGCCUGGUGCUACGAGAAUUUUGUUCAAAUUCGUACUUUAAAACGAUCACAGGAUGUACGUAAACAAUUGUUGGGCAUAAUGGAUCGACAUAAAUUAGAUGUAGUUUCAGCCGGUAAAAAGUCGGUGCGAAUACAGAAAGCAAUUUGUUCCGGUUUCUUUCGAAAUGCCGCCAAAAAGGAUCCUCAAGAAGGUUAUCGCACUUUAGUUGAUUCUCAAGUUGUUUAUAUACAUCCUUCAAGUGCGCUGUUUAACCGUCAACCCGAAUGGGUUAUUUAUCACGAACUAGUUCAAACUACUAAGGAAUAUACACGUGAGGUAACCACCAUAGAUCCGAAAUGGUUGGUGGAAUUUGCACCAUCCUUUUUCCGAUUCUCCGAUCCAACAAAAUUGAGCAAGUUUAAGAAGAAUCAACGCUUGGAGCCAUUAUACAAUAAAUAUGAGGAACCUAAUGCCUGGCGUAUUUCACGAGUUCGAAGAAGACGAAACUAAACGGUUUUAUUUACAUAUAUUUGAGAAUACCUAUGAAGAAAUUUUCAUCUACCAUAAAAUUAGAAAAUUUCAAAAAAAAAUCAUUGCCUAAGGGUACUAAAUAAGUGAAAGAAUAUCCUAAACCGGGCACAUUUCAAAAAUUCGAAAAAAGACUGAUCUGACUGAGACUUUCUUAUUUUUGUCGCUGAGUAAGUUCCUUGCUAGCGCUUGCUUUACCAUGGCAGGUAUAUAUAUAUAUAUAUAUAUAUAUAUGUAAUGCUUAAGGUUUAAUUAUGCGUUCAACUUUUGCAAAUAUUUUGCUAAUUAUAUUAAUUAUGUAAAUAAUUUUCUUUCAUGUAUUAUUUUUCUAACAUUGUUUUAUAUGCCCGAUGAAAUUUUUUUUUUUUUUUUUUUUGUAUAAAAAGAAAUUGAAAUAAGGAAACUUAUCCAUAUAUUUUAAGCGGAAAAACAAUGUGCGAAUGGAUUGGAAAAAGGAAAAGUGACUUCGUCACACUACGAAGAUGGUAUACCAAUGAUUCUGAAAAUUACACCAUAUGUAGAGACCAUUGUGAUCCGAGAGUGUGGUAAUCCAAAAAAGUUGUGUAAGACCCAAUUCUCCAUAAUCAUGACAGAGAGGAAUUCUCGAAAUAAACAAUGAUAAAUCGAUUCAGAUAAAAUAUGAAUUUAUAAAGUUGAUUGUUGUUAUUAUAAU